AUGAGGACAGACAGUGUGACCAUCCAAUACACGGUCUUCGCGUUACAGAUCGUCACUUGCGUCGUUGGACUAUUGGGUAAUACGGCUGUCAUAUGCGUCAGCAGCUGUAUAUUGAAGAAAACAAAAUCUAAAAUUUGGUUCCUGAAUUUGGCCGUAGCAGAUCUAAUCUUUCUCUUGUUCCUACCACUAAAUACGGUUACAUUGUUUAACGGAAACUGGUCUUUUGGGCUCCAUUUAUGUAAAUUAUAUAACUUCACUUAUGUGUGCAAUAUGUAUGCCAGUAUUUUCAUAAUUGCAGCUCUAAAUAUCGACCGGGUCCUGUCGGUGGCCAAACCCAUUUGGCAUCACAAGUUUAUCACCAAAAGCAUUUAUUACACUGUGUGUGCUCUCAUUUGGACAGUGACAAUACUAGCCAGUCUUCCUGUAAUAUUUGUUAGCGUUGAAUAUAAUAACAAAGGGAAAACUGAAUGUAGACUGUACGAUGUCGGACAUUUUGAUUGUAAGGACAACAGUAGUGAAACAUGGAGCACUUUUAAUGAAAGUUAUUUUUUUAACAAAAAUUCUCAAAUUCUCGAAAAUAAUGUCACUGAACCCGACCUGAGUCAAACAAUGAGACAAAAUGAAACUAUGGACGAUUUGAACAAUGGAUCAACCUACAACUCUCCAAACAUAUCUUAUUUUAGUAUCCCAUUAAUUCCACACAACAUUCCACAAUGUUUUGACAAUGGCUAUUUGAUGGACAGUGAAACACUCGAGUCAUGGAAUAAGAUGAUACAUUUGACGGAGAGCAUUAUUAUCCCACUCCUUAUAAUUGGUUACAUUGUCCCACUGAGCGUCAUCCUAUGUUCCAAUGUAAUUAUCAUUCUUAGUGUUAGAAAAUCGCAAGCAGUGAAGACUUUGAGAAUGUACAGAAUUAUCGUUACAGUGGUUGUGGUUUAUUUUCUAACUUGCACUCCGCUAGUUGUAGGGGAAGUUAUUAUAUUGAUAUCUGCUCAUAAGAUGAACUUUGAGCUAAUGAAGAAUGUGAUUGACACUUUACCUCUCCUGUACAAUAUAGCCUACAUGAACAGCUGUUUAAACCCCAUUGUAUAUGUGUUGGUGGGCACCAAGGUACGAGUGACAAUUACAGAAUUCUUUAGCACUACAAGGCAGAGCAUGUCAAGUUUUUCAUUUAGUGAUCCAAAACGUCAUGUAAACAGUGAGAAACAUACAAGCUCGUCGCAUAAACACUCAUCACACUCAUCCCUCUGA